CAUAAUGUUUCACUAAUUCAUAGUUCCAUCUCUCCAGUGGAAUUGCGCCUCUGCUUCAAUCUCCGUCGCAAGCCCCAUCGCCUCUGCUUCAAUCGCCGCGUCAACAGAACUUCCAUCCUCUGUUUUGAGAAUCGAAAGAAUGGCAGGGACUGAGGAAGAAAGCGCAGUGAAGGAGCCUUUGGAUCUCAUAAGACUCAGCCUCGACGAACGUAUCUACGUCAAACUCCGUUCUGAUAGAGAGCUUCGUGGAAAACUUCAUGCUUAUGAUCAGCAUCUUAAUAUGAUUCUCGGUGAUGUUGAAGAAAUUGUUACCUCUGUUGAAAUUGAUGAUGAGACAUACGAAGAAAUUGUUAGGACUACAAAGCGAACAGUUCCUUUCUUGUUUGUUAGGGGAGAUGGGGUGAUAUUGGUUUCCCCACCACUGAGGACUGCAUAACGUGGACCGAGGUUGAACAAUGUAACCAUUUUAAUGAAAAAUAUCACAAAAAUUGUAUAACUUCUUAACUAGUAGUAACCUCAUUGCUUAUAUGAUUAGACUAUCUCCAAUUGGCAUGUUUGCUAGUGUUUUCUGCUAAACGAUGACAUUCAGUUUUUCUAUUCUAUUUUUAGCAUGAGAUUAAGCCAUUAGUAUGCUCUUGAACAAGGCUUUUUGGCUGCAGCUUGGAGCUGUAGUUAUAUAUCAGUGGCUCCAUAAGAUUAAGUCAUGCUUCUUGAUUAGGUGUAUUUUCUUUGUUUGUUCUUUGAAUUGGGAUGAUAGGUGGGUGUGGUGCAUUUCUCCAAAGUUUGUUGAAUUGGGAUGAUAUCAGCAGUGACUAAUUUCUCUCAAA